UUCCACACAUACACACUCUCUCUAACAUAGAGAGAGAGAGAGAGAGAGAGAGAGAGAGAGAGAGAGAGAGAGCUACAUAACAUACAUAGUGCUCCACAACUCACAUUCAUCUCAGCUAAAUUUCAGAAUGAGCUAAGAGAGAACAAGAAGAAGAUAAGAAACCCUAGAAAACAUAUUUAGAAAAUGACAUACAACACCCAGCAUGGGCAGCGUAUAUAAUUCCACUCCCUCAUCAUCCUCCCGAAAAUACAUAUCCAGCCCAACCACAACAACAGCAACAACAUCACAUCAAGAGAGAGAGAGAAGAGAGAGAUAGAGAGAGAGAAUGGAAGGAGACAAUAGGAAUGAGGCAUAUAGAGAGUGCUUGAGAAACCAUGCAGCCAGCUUGGGGAGCUAUGCGACCGAUGGGUGCGGCGAGUUCACAUCGGACGACGCCUCCCCGGGCAGCCUCCAAUGCGCGGCGUGCGGCUGCCACCGCAACUUCCACCGGAAGUUGACCUAUGCCGCCGCCCACGCCGGCGGCGGGGGGCUGAUGGUGUGCCGGUCGGGCGGCAGCCGGGACAAUGCCGAGAUGGCCGGUGGGGAGCUCGUGGAGUACGGGCGGGGGAGGCAGCUGAACAUGGCGGCGGAUUCGCCGGAGAGCAGCGGCGGUGGAGCGGGGAAGAAGAGGUUCAGGACGAAGUUCACGGCGGAACAGAAGGAGAAGAUGUUGGCGUUCGCGGAGAAGCUGGGGUGGAAGAUGCAGAGGAAGGAUGAGGAGGAUGAGAUCGAGAGGUUUUGCAGGAGCGUUGGGGUGAGCAGGCAGGUGUUCAAGGUGUGGAUGCACAACCACAAGAACUCCUCUUCUUCCUCCACCUCUGCUUCCACAGGCAAUGCCUCCUCUCUCACCACUCAGUAGUACAGAAACGAGAGAGAGAGAGAGAGCGAGAGAGAGAGAAGCGAGUAUUAGCUACUAGUCAGCUUAUCUUUCAUUUCAUUUUUCUUCUGGGGAUUCAUUUUUCUUUCUUCUUUUGUUGGUUCUGAAUUUAGUUUUCUCUAUAUUGCUCAUGAGGAGAAGGAUUAAGGAAA